GAGAAAAUGGAAAAGGGUAAUAAAAAUCACUUUGUAUUAGUUCAUGGAGCUUGUCAUGGUGCAUGGUGUUGGUACAAAGUGGUGACAAUUCUAAGAAGUGAAGGACACAAAGUUAGUGUUCUUGAUAUGGCUGCCUCUGGAAUUCAUCCAAAACAUGUUGAAGAUCUCAAUUCAAUGGCUGAUUACAAUGAACCAUUGAUGGAAUUUAUGAAUUCUUUGCCACAACAAGAAAGAGUUGUUUUAGUGGGACAUAGCUUGGGUGGCAUCAACAUAUCUCUUGCCAUGGAAAAGUUCCCUCACAAGAUUGCUGUGGCUGUGUUUGUCACAGCUUCAAUGCCUGGUCCUGACCUCAAUCUUGUAGCCGUUACCCAACAGUAUAGUCAACAAGUGGAAUCACAUAUGGAUACUGAAUUUGUGUACAACAACGGACUGGAGAAAGGCCCAACCUCUGUCGUGUUAGGCCCUAAAGUUUUAGAAACCAUCAUUUAUCAGCCAUGCGUGACACUGAGCAGAGAGAGACCUUGUUGCGCUGGAUAG